UUAUUUUUACUGUUCGUGUUCAGCUCAGGCUGUCUUUUAACCAGACGCUGUUUUUACUGAAGAAACUUUAGCUUUUUUUUUUUUUUACAAUGAACAUCCCAGUUGUGGAUUUCGGCGCCUACAGGCUGAGCGAGAAGGAUGUCGCUGACGAGCAGUGGCAGAGUUUAAGCACAGAGUUGAAAUCAGCAUUUAGAGAUGUUGGUUUUGCAUUUCUGAGGAACACGGGGAUUACUCAGGAGGAGGUGGACUGUGUUAUGGACAUAUCCAAGAAAUUCUUCCUGCAGCCAGAUGAACUGAAGCAACCCUUCAGCAGGAAAAGUUUCGUGAACAACCCUAACCACGGUUGGGUGUCAUUGGAGACGGAGAGGUUGAAUCCACGUCGACCUGGGGACCUGAAGGAGUCUUUCAACACUGCCUCCCUUCAUCCUGAUAUAAAAUGGCCAUCAUCAGGCAGUUUGAAAAGUUUUCAGGAGUUCCAGACAUCCUUUUUUCUGCGCUGCAAAGAGCUGAGUCUUCGGUUGCUGAGGGUGAUGGCCCACAGUCUGGGACUCGACCCAGAAGUCUUCUUGCGUGCACACCGUUUAAUAGGAACUGACAAAAAUGGCACUACGAUGCGAUCUCUCUACUACCCACCAGUGAAUUGUGAGAAAGCAAAGGAGGGCCAGCUGCGAUGUGGAGAGCAUUCAGACUAUGGCAGCAUUACUCUGCUGUUCCAGAGCUCAGAAGGUCUGCAGGUGCGUACACGCUCAGGUGAAUUCAUCCCUGUUCCCUGUAUCCCCGGAGCCAUCCUCAUCAAUAUCGCUGACCUGAUGCAGCGCUGGACGAGCGAUCAGUUCGUCUCUGUGCUCCACAGGGUUUUGCUGCCUCCUGUUGGAGACUCCAGCACACGGCAGUCUCUGGCUUACUUUGUCCAGCCGGAUGACGAGGCUCUGAUCACCUGCUGUGAUGGCUCCAACAAAUAUCCGCCAGUUACAGCAGGCGCCUAUCUCACUGAGCGAUUCAAUGAAUCAUAUGGAAGAAGCUGAAUUUGAACCCACCAUUCUGACCAUUUGAUUAAGAAAGUUUUUUUGUUUGUUUUUUUAAAUCAUGUUCAGUGAGUUAUUGUCAGAAGUAUGAUUAUGUCACUUCAGAUUCUACAGUAAUUAUAAAACUGAAU